AUGGAAAUGAAUGAACUUAAUUUACAUCUAUGUAUGGUACCAAUGGUUUGUUUAUUAAAACAUAUGGAAACAAAUGGAAUAAUUCCAAUAAAUGAUUGUGUAUCUGAAAUGCCACCAUGGAUGAUAUGUAUGUAUAAAAAAUUUAGUGAUCCACUUAUAACAUUUAAUAUAAAAUUAUUUCUUAUGCGUCUUAUUAUUCAUACACAUACAAUAUUUAAACCAUAUGCACGUUAUUGGUUAACAUCAAUAAUUCAUAUGUAUAAUCAAAUGUUUGACAAUUCAUCUGAAGCUUUAAAUACAUUUAUAAUUGAUACAAUUCUUAUAUUAUUAUCAUGGUAUAAACAAGCUAUACCAAGUGAACUUGAUUCUAUAGCUGUACAACGUCUUAUUGAAUAUUUAUUUUCAAAUUGUUCACAUCGUAAUGUUAUUGUUAUGAAAUCAAAUUUAGAUUUAAUUAAAAAAUUAAUUGAAUGUUGGAAAGAACGUAUACAUUCACCAACAGUUAUUCUAUAUAAAUCAAUAUCUGAACCAGAUUUAAAAUCAAAACAAAAUGCAAUUGGUCUUUCAUUAAUUGGAAUAUUAUUAGCUAAUGAUAUAUUACCAUAUUAUGUACCACCAACACCAACAGGAAAUCUUCCACCUGUAACAACUGGUUCUAUAUUAACAACUAUACCAACUGAUUUAACUGAAGAUAAAUUUAAUGAUACAAUAUUAAAAAAUAUGAAAAAUACUUAUAGAAAUAUAUAUGCUGCAGCAGCUGAAGUUAUUGGAAUGUUAUUAAAUGUUAAAAAACUUAAAAAUGAAACAAAUCAACGUUUAUUAGAACAAUUAAGUUUAAUAUUAAAAUGGCAUAAUAGUCAAGGUUUAUCAGAUACAUAUGUAACAUGUAUUUAUUCAGUACAAAAACAUUAUCCAUUAAUUGUUGAUAAAACUGUUAUGAAUAAAUUAGUAUUUGGUUUAAAAAAAAUGUAUGGAGAUAUUAAAGUUGAAUGUUUAGAAUCAUUAAUUGCUAAUAUAACUGAAUUUGAUUUGGCAUAUUUAGAAUUACGUGCAGCAGGAAUAUUAGAUAUUCUUAUUCACAAAGAUUUUGGUAUUCGUGGUGUUGCUUUACGUUUAUUAUUUAAACUAUUACCAAAAUUAACACAUGAACAAUUAUAUGAAAUAGCACAAAUAUUAUAUGUUGAUGGUCCAAAUGAAUGUCAAAUUUGGACACUUGAAAUAUAUAAAUGGAUGUAUGAUUAUAUAACAAAUUAUUUAACAAAAGAAAUGAAAACAUCUAUAACACCAUUAUCUGAAAUAUUUUAUCAUCAUGUACGUGAACAAUUACUUCAAUUAUUAUCGAGUAAAAAUGAAUAUAUACGUGUUAAUUGUCGAAAUUUUUGGUGUGAUUCAAAACGUUUAAGUACAUCAUCACAUCAUCGUCUUAUGGCAUUAGUUGAUCAAUUAUAUUCAAUAAAAACUGAAAAUGAAUAUUUAAAUUAUUGUACAAAUUUUCUUCUUGAACGUACAACACAUAAUCCUGAUUAUAAUCAUUUUAUAUUUGAAAAUCCACUUGAUAAAUGUUUAUUUCAAGAAUUUCCAUUAGCAUGUAAUUGGCGUCAACGUCAUCAUACAUAUAUGACACCUUUAUUUACAUUACAAUCACAAUCUAUGAU